AACGCGUUGCACUAUAAGCACAUUAGUUUCAGAGGCAUUAGAGUCAAACUCGCUCUCUCUCCCUGCUUCGAACACCAACGCGCCUUCUUCCACCAAGUCAGACUCAAAGAAAAUGGUUCUAGGCGGUGGAGCAGCUCCCCCAAGAGGAAGUGCCGCAGCUACAGCGAGCAUGCGCAGGAGGCGGACAACGAGUGGUGGUGGUGCUUCUGGAGGUGCAGCCGGGACUAUGCUCCAGUUCUACACUGAUGAUGCCCCGGGACUCAAGAUCUCCCCAAAUGUUGUUCUGAUCAUGAGCAUUGGUUUCAUUGCCUUUGUUGCUGUUCUUCAUGUCAUGGGAAAGCUUUACUUUGUGCGCUCCGCUUAGAGAGGUGCGGUGUACUAAACAUAGGAAACAAAAUUCUAUAUGCUGUUCUUUUAUCUGGAUCAUGAAAUAAUAAUAGUCUAAUUUGAAAAGAAAUGACACAGUUUUAUCA